AUGUGUGAACUCAAAAAAAGUGGCAAGGCGUGGGUGCCAGGAGACAUUCGCAAAGAGUACGCUGCUGCUGGUGAGCAGCGCGAGUUGCUAGAGAUAGCACUCCUGGAAGCCAUCCAACAGCUUGGUGAAGAGCAGUCUAAGAAGCACGCUGCGGUCAAGGCGGCGUUCCUCAAUCGCAUCACGCAUGUGAAAGAGCGGAUGGUUCUCAGAGAGGAAGAAGUCACGGGCAGAUGGUUGACGGAAGAGCGAAUGCGCACGGAACUCAAGUGGAGCAAGGAAACCAUCCGUCAAGUGGUGGCCUACUGCAGAAAAUUUCCGAACACGCUCGUCAGGCACAUGACUCUGUCAUGCUUCAGCUUUCUAGUGGCCUAA